CCCCCGCUUGCUGGUUUCACUUCGUCCAGCGACCUCAAUAAAGCUGACUCGUUCUCUCUCUUGCAGCUUCGCACCAUUCUUACGCAAAUUAGCGACCCAACCCAGCCAACGAUUAAAGGAAGUCGCCCAGAGGCAGAGCAGAACAAGAUGACGACGAUGGAUCUCCGCGUCGGGAACAAGUACCGGAUCGGUCGUAAGAUCGGUUCGGGCUCCUUCGGAGACAUUUACCUGGGCACUAACAUCAUCUCGGGGGAGGAGAUCGCCAUCAAGCUCGAGAGUGUGAAGGCAAAGCACCCGCAGCUUGAAUAUGAGGCUCGUGUCUACAAGUCGCUCGCCGGCGGUGUUGGCAUCCCGUUCGUCCGCUGGUUCGGCACCGAGUGUGACUACAAUGCCAUGGUUCUGGACCUUCUUGGACCCAGCUUGGAGGACCUGUUCAACUUCUGCAACCGCAAGUUCUCAUUGAAGACGGUCCUGCUGCUCGCCGACCAGUUGAUUUCUCGCAUCGAGUACAUCCACGCCAAGUCGUUCAUCCACCGCGAUAUCAAGCCUGACAACUUCCUCAUGGGCAUCGGCAAGCGGGGUAACCAAGUGAACGUUAUCGACUUUGGUCUGGCCAAGAAGUACCGCGACCCGAAGACGCACUUCCACAUCCCGUACAGAGAGAACAAGAACCUGACGGGUACGGCCCGCUAUGCCUCGAUCAAUACCCAUCUCGGUGUCGAGCAGUCUCGCCGUGACGACAUGGAGUCGCUCGGUUACGUGAUGCUCUAUUUCUGCCGCGGCUCGCUCCCGUGGCAGGGCCUUAAGGCUGCCACCAAGAAGCAGAAGUACGACCGCAUCAUGGAGAAGAAGAUGACGACCCCCACCGACGUCCUUUGCCGUGGGUUCCCCAACGAGUUCGCCAUUUACCUCAACUACACCCGGUCCCUCCGCUUUGACGACAAGCCCGACUACAGCUACCUCCGCAAGAUCUUCCGCGACCUGUUCGUUCGUGAAGGCUUCCAGUACGAUUACGUUUUCGACUGGACCGUCUACAAGUACCAGAAGAACGCCCAGGCCAUCCAGCAGGCCGCCGGCAACACUGCCAACCAGGCUGCGCAGGGCGACCCCAAGGACGCCCAGGCCGCCGCCCGCAAGGAUGCUCAGGCGCUGCCUCGCGGCACUCGGAAGCAGAUCACCGGCGAGGCCCCGGAUACCAACCGUGCCGUCGGCGGAAGCGACAGGAUGUGAGUGACUUACCAAGCCUAGCCCAAAGCAUUCCUAGUAAGGAAUCAUAUUUCCUUCGUGUUUGGUGUGCGCUCAUCAACGCUGGCCGGAGGGACAAUGCUGACAUGACAUGCUGACGAUCAGUUUGCGAUAAUAGGCUGCGCUCAGCUGCGAAAGCUCAGGGCGCUGGCUCGGGAUAUGCGUCCAACAAGUACCGGCCCAUGGACUGAAGCACUGAACAAAAAUCGGAUUGU